UGUUCUCCCCUGCGAAGUGGCGGAACAGUCAGUCAUGAUCCUUUGCCGCUCCUUGAUCGUGGUUUUGGCCGUAAUGGCAAUGGUUUACUCGGCGAAGGCCGGUGGAGGCGGAUACGGGAGCAGAGGAGGCGGUGGAGGAGGAAGCUUUGGUGGUGGCGGUGGAUUUAGUGGCGGCGGAGGAGGAUUUGCUGGACACGGAGGAGCUGGUGGAUUCAGCGGAGGUGCUGGAGGAUUGGGUGGAGGAGCCCAAGGAUUUGGCGGAGGAAGCGGCGGGUAUGGCGGCGGACGAGGCGGAGGCAGCGUGGUCCGCGCGCGCUUGGUCGGCGUUGGCGUUCUUCCUAGCGUGGGCGGCGGUUCGGGCUUCGGCGGUGGCAGCGUGGGCGGCGGCGGCGGUUUCGGCCAAGGCGGAGGACGAGGAGGAGGGGGAUCCUUCGGCGGAGGACGAGGAGGUGGCGGAGGAGGCUACGGGUGGUAGUCAUCACACGCGAAGCCAUUUCUGUCACCCUCAUUUCGACUGCAUCUGCAAA